AUUAGUUAUUAAUCUGUUGUUCAAUGUUACCAAAUUUUUAUUGAUAAUUUAACAUUGAAUGAUUCACUUAUGAUCUCAAUGAAGAGAACGACAACAACACAUUAACUAUCUCUAUAACAAAAAGUCCUAUUUUUGAUAUUUGGUCAAUAAAGAAGGAAUGAAUUGAGUGAAUAAAUUGCUUUUCAAUUAGUACUUUUUUUUCAUUAUUGCUCUAUAUAUGAUUUACAAUGAUGAAAUAAUACUUAUCAAAUGGAUACGUUACGUAAUAAUGAUAUAUUGAUUAGAAAUUAAUAUUGAAUAAUUGAAAGAAAGAGGAUUAAUCAUAAUCAAAGUAAUUAUUCGAUAAUCAAGAAGUUGCUAUGUUGCAUACUUUUAUCAUCUUUUCAUUGAUAGUUAUUAUUCAUUUGAAUUAAAGUAUCUACACAUAACAUUUAAUCUCCUAUGAUCAUAUAUAGUAGUAGUAGUAGUACAGAUUAGAACAUUGGUAAAGAAGAGCCUGAAUGACUUCACUGAAUAGUGUUCCAUUGUUCAUAUAUUAAAGUCUAUCUAUUCUUAGUUAUUUAAAUAGACGAUUAAUUAAUAAUGAAUAAAAGUCAUGAAUUCACUCAUCUUAUUCAUACAACUAUUAAUGCUAAUAAUUAUCAAUUACAAUCAACUAAUUCAACUGUAUUAUGUUUAUGUAUUACAUUAAUUAUAUUAACAUGGUUAACUAAUUGUAUUCUACUUGGUGGUAUAUUACAAACAAAAGGAAAUGGUAAAAAUGUAUCUAUAAUUUAUUUUUUUAUUGGAUCACAAGCAAUAGCUGCUUUAUUACAUGUAACAUUAAAUUUACCACCAUCAAUUGUGAAUAUAUUAUUUGGAUCCAGGAGUCCAUGUACAUCAUUGGUUUGGAAUCACGGUUUCACAACUCACCUAGGUGGAUCCUCGGUAACCACCAACCCGGUUAAAGCUCCAGACAUUCGUUUUUCGUCCUCUCAAUUUCAUAAUCAACACCCCUGCCUCAAGAAGGCAAUGGUGGUUGGAGGUAGUCAACAGGAAACCCUGGACCCGGGUUUCGUGCUACUUGGCACUCGUACUUCACAAGUUCAUUCAUAUGUUCAUAUUUUCUGUUUAUAUUCAAUCUAUUUAGAUACUUUAUUUUGUAAUUUGACAUUUUUACAAACAUUCUUUUCAAGUUUAGAUACAUAUUUACGAUUAAAGAAUCCAAUAUUUUAUUUAUCCUCAUCACAUAGAAGACCAGCAUUAUGGUUAAAAAUAGGUUCACCAUGGUUUAUGGCUUGUAUACAAUCCAUUGGUCAAAUAGCAUUAAGUGAUCGUCGUCAUGUUAAAUUAUACCCUGGUACAAUGGAAACAUCAUCAUCAUCAUUAUCAUCAGUUACAUCCUAUCAUGUCAAUUCAUAUCAACAUUAUUCUAUGUUGAAUAAAGAUCCUAUAAAUGAUAAACAAACAAAUUCUGAAUGGAAUACAGUUUGUCUAUUAUUAGAUCCAAAUUUUUUAAUAAUACGUACUGUAAUUGCAUAUGCUUUACCAUUAAUUACAUGUUUAAUAUUAAUUAUAUUACAAUUAUACGGUUUACAUAGAUUACGUAAUCAUUCACCAGAAAUGUUGAAUGCUUUAUUAAAUGUACGUUAUCCUAGAAACAAUAAUAGUACUAGUAAUAAUAAUACUAGAGAAUACAAUGAAGGAAUGUGUUCACAAGAUUCAGUCAUUCCAAAACACGAAGCAAAUCAUUUCAAAAGACAAAAUACUCAAUUCGUUUGGAGAGAAAAGGAUACUGGAUUAGUGAAUAACAUUCAUUCAAUCUUUGAUGGAACAAUGUCGAAUAGAAUAUUGUUACAAAAUCCUCAAUAUAGACAAUUAUCAAUAAUGACAAAUUCUUAUCAGUUAAAUCCAGCUUAUACAAAUGAAACAUUAUUACUUAGUAACAAUGGAUCGAUUGAUCGAAUACAAUUAAAUCAAUCAUCCAUAUCACCAACUCGUUUAUCAACUAGUUAUUUAUCUACGAGUCAUUUAAGUGAUUUACAAACAACAGUCUCAACGUCAAUUUCAAUGUUUGAAUGUCCUACACAUGGUCGAAUUACAAUGACCAAUUCUAUAAGCCGUAUAUCUAAUAUUGGUAUCUCAGAGAAUGGUGAUCAAACUGUACGAAAUCAAAUUUCUAGUUUGGUAAAUAAUUCUAACACAGAAAUGGAAAGAAAUUCUGAAAAACAUUUAUAUUCCACUUCAAUAACUACUAAUAGUAAUACAAUAACAAUGAAUUCUAUAUCAGAUAAUAAUCAUAAUAUUAAUAGUUUGUUUACAGGUAAAUUAGGUUCGAAUACUUCCAGUGAAGAACCAAUUACUUCAAAUGCUUUUUUAUUUAAUUUGGAUGGUGAACAAGUUAAGUUAUUGUCGUUUAAUCAUUCAUAUGAACCAUUGAAUUCAACUGGAUUAAAUCAGUAUCAUUAUUAUUUAUCAUCAAUGAUGUCACCAACAUCAUUCCCUGAGUUAUCUUCUUCUUCUCCAUCCUGUCAACAUCAACUAUUACGUCAUCAGCAUACCUCUCCAAUGACUUCACAACUAGAUUUUAAAGUAACAAAUGGAAUGCAUAAAUCAAAAUCUGAUUAUCAAAUUAAAUGUCGAAAUGAAAUGACUUCAACAAACGAUCGUCUUUUGAGAUCACAUAGUUUAAAACCAAGUUAUCAACAACAAGCACCAUUUCAUCAAAGUCAAAUAUUAUCUAAUGAGAAGAAUGGAAACGAUAUGUUCAAGACAAAUUUAUGGUUGACUGCAUAUCAAGGUGAACAAUUAGUGGUAGCAAUUAAUUUAGUUAGUUGUAUUAUUGCAGUUGGUACAUGGUCUCCAUAUAUAUUAGUGACAUUAGCAUAUGCUUUAUGUCAACCAAUGAAUAUACCGAAAUCUCUAUAUCAUCAAAUGAUGCAUUCUUAUGGGACUUCAUCAAUCUCUACAAAUUAUCCUUUAUCUUCUAUUCAAUCCAUUUCAUCUAUUAUGAAUAAUGAUCUUAAUUUAUCAGAUCAUUCAAUGAAUAAAUGUUGGAUUCAUUUAAGUGUUGAUCGUAUAGCAGAUUUUCGUUGGUGGGCCUAUGCAUGCUCUGGACUAUUAUUACCAUGUUUAUUAUUCUUUCUUGAUUUAGGUUUACGUGAAGGUUGUUGGAAAGCGUUACAAUUAAAAACUGAAUCAAAUCAGAAUAUUCAUUCAACGAAAUCCCUUUCAAAUAGUAUGAAUAAACAGUCAAUCAUUGAUAAUGAAUUGAAAUCUGUCAAAGUUUCUAAUCAUUCAAACAAUCAUAGUAACAGAUUAUGUGAUCAUCCAUCAACAAGUCAUAAUAUCAACACUGACUGUAAUAUAAACACUGAGUCAAUCAGUAAACUUUACAAACUUCAAAAAUUUGAAAUGAUCUCAACUAUUCCAUGUACACAGACCAAUGUAUAA